UCUUAGUUUUUUUCCUUCAACCCCGAAAGCCCUAUCGGUGCUAUCACUGCCGUUACCUCAAAACAUCUCUCCUGGACACAACCAUAUGAAAAAAACCAUCCAAUUUGACAUCUCCACCGUCUUCCCCCAGGCAUAUCACCGCUGCUUUCACGUCUCGGAAGCGCCUGGCCUCGAAUAGGCCUGCUCUCUGAAGUCGUCUGUCCUUCAUGGCUACUUGUGACCCAGUCUGGUACAUUGCGACCUCUCCUAUCCUUCCGUUUCCAUUCGUCGAUAGUAGCCAUUGCUCGAUGCCGGUCAGGCCGGCUCAGCAGGUCUUGCCAGUGCCACUUUAUACCCCUUCACCAUUCCGAACACGAGCUGAGCCUAAGGGUCCAAAGAAGUUCUCAAGCCUGUGGACUCGUUUCCCCGUGUCGGGAUGUGCCAACAUUCCAUCCGCCGCUGCGUUUCUGAUGAUAUGCCAAUCGAGAGUCUGACAGAAUGUCUUUCGCUAUUACUAUCAACGCGAUUAUCUCAUUCACGCACUCAUUGUAGCGGAUUAUUCACCGGGGUGGCCACCUUGUUCCCCUUCUGGCCUUUUCGAACGCUACUGGAAAAAGACGUCGUACCUCCAUCUUGUAAGAAAGAAAGCCCUUGGAUACGU